GGUGCAGCCUGUACCACCUGAUAACGAUUCGCUCGCUAGCCGCAGGCUGUAGUCGCUGCCGAGCCGAUCCGGUGGCUCGCGAGUGGUGAUGAGCCGGCAACACAGUUCUGGCUAAACUCGGCAGCAAGCAACAUAUAUGACGGCUGCCACUCUUGAGGCGCGAGGGGUCAAGAAUAACUCGCACCGGUAUGAUCUUCAACAACGCAGAAGCAAGCACAAGCACAAGCACACAGACCACGCCAGCACAAGGGGUCAAGCGGAAACGGCACACGCGCACGUCGACGGGCUGUCGCGCGUGCCGCAUGACGCGCGUCAAGUGCCCCGAAGGCCCGGUCAACGCGAGCGGGACCAAGGCGGCCUGCCGCCGCUGCUGGGAGAACGACGAGGCGUGCUUCUACCCGUCGCGCAACCUCGGCGGGCGCAUGCCGCGCAAGGGCAUGCGCGAGCGCGACGCGAGCUGGGAGGCUGCCGGGCCGUAUGUCGGCAACAGCGGCGAGGUUGUGGCGGGGCCGGCUGCCACCUCCUCGGGUCCGGACGACAACCGGCCUGUCAUCAAGCGUGCCCGGGUGGACACCAAGCCGCCUGCACACGCGGCGAUCGCCGCGCUCCUCCGGUUCGCGCUGGCGCCGCACGCCCCUCUGGCGACAUUCACGCUGGCGUCCCUCGCGCCGUCCGAGGCCGACGCGCAUGCAAUCAGCUUCUUCGAGGCGCGCGGCUGCGUCGAUAUCCUCUCCGCCCCGGGGCGGGAGCACAACUGGAUCUGGACGCAGCUCUUCCCGCGGCUCGUCGCCGUGCUGCUGCACGCGCACCCGAUGCGCAGCUACCUCCACGCGUGCUUGCUGCAGCUGGCAUACACGCACCGCGCGAACAUGGAGGACGGGGAGACGCAGCGCGCCGUGUGGCGGUCGCAGGCGACGCAGUGGCGGACGCGGGCCGGCGCCGAGCUCGUGCGCGUCAAGCUCACACGCAAAGAGUGGAAGGGGGACGAGUAUCUCAUGGGCCUGUUUAUCCGGUACAUGGCCGACAUGCUCUCCGGCGGCGGCCUCGACCCGAUCGAGCCAGAGGUCGACGUGACGGCCACAUGCCCUUCGCUUCGAAGCAUGAUAUCGACGUAUGCGACGAUGCAGAGCGCGUGCGGGGCACGCAAGUCGAGCCCAACAAUACCAGACGACGAGGACCCAGAAUGGGUCGAGCGCUUCUUUGGCUUCUCGCCGGCGUUUACGGCGCUCCUGGCCCGCGUCAACUCCCUCGUGGCCGACAAGCUUGAGGGGCACCGUCCGAUGGAGGUACGCCUUGGGGCACAUGCGCUGCUCGACGAGCUGGGCGAAGGGUGGGAGGUCGGCGCGGUGCGCGCCCACGAGGUGGGAAAGAGCGCGCGUGUACAGCGCGGCAACGAGGUCAUGCGCGCCGCCCUCCGCGUGCUCCUCCUCUCUGAAGUCCUCCAAGUCCCACUACACGACGCGCGCAUAGAGCGCUGUGCCCGCCGCGCAGUCGAGCUCGUCGCCGACUCUGACGCGGCCAGCAUGCCAGGCUUCCAGUGGCCGCUGGUCAUCGUGGCAGUGUACACGCGCGACGUGGCCCUCCGCGCGCGCUUGCAGGAACUGAUAACCCACGCGACGGCGCUCUCCUUCGGACCGCAUUACCCGGCCCCACGCGACGUGCUCGAGAUAUGCUGGGAGCUCAUGGAUUCGAGCGGGUACGUCACGGGCGUGGCGCCGUGGCGCGAUGCCGCCGCCAGCGUAGGGCGCACGCUGUGGGUUUAGCGUAUCUCGGUGGGUUUAUCGCGCCAACCACAACACCAGCGCCGCAGCCACCCGGCGAGCCGGCCAGGCCUGCGGGAACGAACGCCAGUCGCCACACGUCCGUCCAUCCGCGACGGCCGCCUGUGCUGCCUGUGCCGCUGGCGCCUGCUGCCUGCCACGCGCCGUCCGGCCGCCGGCAGUCUGCAUCUCACUUCCCAGACUAGCUCUGUCGUGCUGCUUAUCAAGAUGUCACCCA